AUGCUACGUAGAAUAUCUGGAAUAACAACCGCGAAGCAUAUCACAUCACCGCUAUCACUUAGAGCGUCAUCAGGUGUCAUCUGGAUCAGAAAAUCGCAGAGAUUUUAUGCACAAUCAUGGGACAAUCGACAACCAAAUGAAAAGAUAGAUGCUCACAUUAAAGUUCAACAGUUGAUGGAUAGAAUUCAUUCACAUCCUAAUGUAAUGCAAAAGCUAGAAAAAGUAAGUGAGAUCAUGAUCCAAAAGGGGUUGGUUACUGAAGAUGCUACGAAACCAUUGGGACCUUGGCAAAUGAUUAAGGUUUUGAUGGACAAAGAUUUGAAAACUGCAAUGAGCGAAUUCAAGGAAGAACUCAAUAAAGCUAACAUUCAGUUGGGUCCUGAUCAACUAGGUCCAUUAAUGAGUGUUCUCGGUAUUGAGAAAAAGAAAUAG